AUGGGGAGUCCAGGCUGUGACUGUGUGGGAAGCACAGUGCACCUACCCCUGAUGAGUUUCAGUGACUACCCCCACAGUGAGUCUGCCCUACAGGCCUGGGAGGAGGAGGAGGACACCAAGCCGCCCCGGGGAUUGAUAAGUGUGCCUAAACACACCGUUCCUGAACGCAGCCUGCAAGGGGUCUUCCUGCCCUGCUUCGACAUGCUCCUCACUGAAAACAGCUCGUGGCUGUUGAAGAAGUCUGAAGCAGCGCCCCCUGUGCCCCCCUGUAAGGCCCUGGAGCAGUGCCCUGUCAUCAACAGCCAGGGCCUGGGGGUCCCCUCUGGGCUGGAGGGACAGGUGGAGGAACGCUGUCUGGAGCAGGUUCAGAGCAUGGUGUUGGGAGAGGUACUGAAGGACAUACAGACUGCCUGCAAGCUGCUCAACAUUACCCCAGGUAGGAAAACUGUUAAAUUACCAAGCUAUUGUGUGCCUAUAAUUUGUUACCAUACUGUUACCAUGUUAUUACCACCUUAUCCUGUGCUGUAAACUGUGCUACCAUUUCAUAUGUUAAGUUCUCCAAAAGGUAUAGACCUCAUGCCUCUAUCAGUCUCAGGGUCUAUCAUGUUCACUACAGUUGAGCAUGUGACCUGUCACUGUCAGUAGAUUGGCAGAGGAUAAGGAUAAAAGAGCACAGAGAAAAGAGCACCUUUCAUGCGCUACUCUAACAGUUGAAAUACCCUGUCAUGCACUGUUGGAUCUUACUUAUAGCAAAGCAAACAAAACAGUAAAGGUCACCAUUUAGGUUGCUCUUUCUUUAUGCGACACUCCGACUUUAUGCUAAUGCCACUGACGAUAGGCUAAGCCCAAUGAAAGGAAGUGUCUGGGGCCUCCCCGCCCUGUGCAAAUGACUCUGUUGACAAUUCAUCAUUUCACACACUCACCAACUCACUACCUGUCAUAAGGAACACAAAUAUGAGUUCAGAAAUUGCUUACAGCACAAUGCACACAAACCUCAUCUCAUUCUCCUCAAAGGCUCCUUAAAGAUGCACUAGCUCACAUUUGAAUAGGUAACCUAUGCAUUUGCAUGAGUGCCAACCAAUGAUUUAUAUAUAGACUAAAUUACUAACAGGGGGUGCUGUUUUGAAGCCACGCGCCUCCAUCUUGGCACUCCCCCACUGUUGUAAUCGUUUUUUUUUUUUUUUUUACAUUUUAGUCAUUUAGUAGACGCUCUUAUCCAGAGCGACUUACAGUUAGUGAGUGCAUACAUUUUCAGAAGCUAUAGAAAUGCAUUUAUUAAUGUCUACAUUUGUUUUUGGCACAUUUAUUCUAUUACAGACACCUUAAUGCAUACUUUUAAUGUCACAGUUUCGGCCGAGGCUGCUCCUCCUCCUUGUUCGGGCAGGUUUCGGCGGUCGUCGUCCCCGGAGUACUAGCUGCCACCGAUCUAUGUUUCAUGUUCGUUUGGUUUUGUCUUGAUGUUGUACACCUGUGUCUAGUUAGUCCUCAUUAGUGUCCUAUUUAGUUCUCGUUGUGUGUGUAUGGUGUUGUGUGUGAUUGCUCUUCUGUUUUGGUGUUCUGAGCUACGUACUUCCCUCCGUUGUUUGGAGAGGUUUUCGCACAUGUUAGUGCGCCUUUUGUUUGACGCCUGUGUGCGCCUUUAUUUCGCCUCCGGGCUUAUUGUGCUCGUGUACUACGUGAAUAAUUCACUAAAGUCUUUUGGACUUAGCUUCUGCGUCCUGCGCUUGAUUCCUGCACCACACCCACCUUCAGCACCCCUGACAUUUAAAUUAUAUUAUGUGAGCUAAACAUCAAAAUAAAACAUGAAUAUAUAUACAUAUACAUAUAUAUAAACAUUUUCCUUAAAGUAUAUAUAUUUUUAAGUUAAAAUGUUACUGUUACUUAAAUACAUGUUAUUUUGUCCUUGAAACAUUUAAUUGACUGCUCCUUCGGGGGAGUGCCAAUAUGGCCGACCAGUGGCUUCAAAGCCUCGCACUGGUCAAUACAUAACAUCAGCAAUACAGGGUUUAUAUACAUCAUUGGUGCCAACAGUGCCAUUGUAUAUAACUGUAUAUACACUGCUCAAAAAAAUAAAGGGAACACUUAAACAACACAAUGUAACUCCAAGUCAAUCACACUUCUGUGAAAUCAAACUGUCCACUUAGGAAGCAACACUGAUUGACAAUAAAUGUCACAUGCUGUUGUGCAAAUAGAAUAGACAACAGGUGGAAAUUAUAGGCAAUUAGCAAGACACCCCCAAUAAAGGACUGGUUUUGCAGGUGGUGACCACAGACCACUUCUCAGUUCCUAUGCUUCCUGGCUGAUGUUUUGGUCACUUUUGAAUGCUGGCGGUGCUUUCACUCUAGUGGUAGCAUGAGACGGAGUCUAAAACCCACACAAGUGGCUCAGGUAGUGCAGCUCAUCCAGGAUGGCACAUCAAUGCGAGCUGUGGCAAGAAGGUUUGCUGUGUCUGUCAGCGUAGUGUCCAGAGCAUGGAGGCGCUACCAGGAGACAGGCCAGUACAUCAGGAGACGUGGAGGAGGCUGGAGGAGGGCAACAACCCAGCAGCAGGACUGCUACCUCCGCCUUUGUGCAAGGAGGAGCAGGAGGAGCACUGCCAGAGCCCUGCAAAAUGACCUCCAGCAGGCCACAAAUGUGCAUGUGUCUGCUCAAACGGUCAGAAACAGACUCCAUGAGGGUGGUAUGAGGGCCCGACGUCCACAGGUGGGGGUUGUGCUUACAGCCCAACACCGUGCAGGACGUUUGGCAUUUGCCAGAGAACACCAAGAUUGGCAAAUUCGCCACUGGCGCCCUGUGCUCUUCACAGAUGAAAGCAGGUUCACACUGAGCACAUGUGACAGACGUGACAGAGUCUGGAGACGCCGUGGAGAAUGUUCUGCUGCCUGCAACAUCCUCCAGCAUGACCGGUUUGGCGGUGGGUCAGUCAUGGUGUGGGGUGGCAUUUCUUUGGGGGGCCGCACAGCCCUCCAUGUGCUCGCCAGAGGUAGCCUGACUGCCAUUAGGUACCGAGAUGAGAUCCUCAGACCCCUUGUGAGACCAUAUGCUGGUGCGGUUGGCCCUGGGUUCCUCUUAAUGCAAGACAAUGCUAGACCUCAUGUGGCUGGAGUGUGUCAGCAGUUCCUGCAAGAGGAAGGCAUUGAUGCUAUGGACUGGCCCGCCCGUUCCCCAGACCUGAAUCCAAUUGAGCACAUCUGGGACAUCAUGUCUCGCUCCAUCCACCAACGCCACGUUGCACCACAGACUGUCCAGGAGUUGGCGGAUGCUUUAGUCCAGGUCUGGUAGGAAAUCCCUCAGGAGACCAUCCGCCACCUCAUCAGGAGCAUGCCCAGGCGUUGUAGGGAGGUCAUACAGGCACGUGGAGGCCACACACACUACUGAGCCUCAUUUUGACUUGUUUUAAGGACAUUACAUCAAAGUUGGAUCAGCCUGUAGUGUGGUUUUCCACUUUAAUUUUGAGGGUGACUCCAAAUCCAGACCUCCAUGGGUUGAUACAUUUGAUUUCCAUUGAUAAUUUUUGUGUGAUUUUGUUGUCAGCACAUUCAACUAUGUAAAGAAAAAAGUAUUUAAUAAGAUUAUUUCAUUCAUUCAGAUCUAGGAUGUGUUAUUUUAGUGUUCCCUUUAUUUUUUUGAGCAGUGUAUGACUUGCUGUGGAUAAAUGUUUAACAUUGAUUGGUCCAUCAUGAACACCUCAUCUCCUCUGCAGACCCCAUGGAGUGGAACUGUGGGAACGUCCAGAAGUGGCUGCUGUGGACGGAGCACCUGUACAGGCUACCCCAGGUGGGCAAGGUGUUCCAGGAGCUCAGUGGAAAGGACCUGUGCUCCAUGACAGAGGAGGACUUCAGGCAGCGCUCGAUGCAGUGUGGAGACCUGCUGUACGCUCAUCUGGACAUCUGGAGAUCAGGUAGGACAACUGACAACCUUGAACGGGUCCAUUAUCUCGUACUGUGGUGUAUAUAUAACAUGGCAUGAAUUUCAUCUACGGUAUGGGUCAUUCCAUUGUAAAAGUAUUGAAUGUGUUAUAGCCACAAGCCAAAGGAAUACCUGGCUCAUUCACUAUACAGAUUGUGCUGUAGUUUUCAGGUAUUUUCAGGUGUUGAGAUAACAAAUGUUUAAUUCUGUUCUAUGUUGUUUUUGUCACAGCUGCAUGCAUGAAGGAGCCCUGCACACCAGGAGAUAACAGGUUACAUGGUGCUGAGGAGGCUGACUCCUCCUGCUCAGGCCAGCCCAUCCACCUGUGGCAGUUUCUAAGAGAGCUGCUCCUCAAGCCGCACAACUAUGGACACUGCAUCCGCUGGCUCAACAAGGAGAAAGGUGAGUAGGCAGGGAGAAGCCAUGAGGGAGGAGUGCAAGCGGGUGUACGGUGUACAUUUUAGGGCAACCCUCCUAGGUUUGAGGCAGAAGGUGUCCUAAAAUGAACACCGUACGGGUGAGAAAAGUUGGCCAUGGGAGCUGACAUGGGUUAUUAAACAUUGGGGCAUAUUGUGCACUGGUUUCUGAAAAAGGUGAAAUGUUCCAUCUCUCUAAGCUAGUUUUUCGUAUAAUCAUCAGGAAUCUUCAAAAUAGAAGACUCGGCUUAUGUGUCCAGAUUAUGGGGCAUCAGGAAGAACCGUCCAGCUAUGAACUAUGACAAGUUGAGUCGCUCUAUCCGACAGUACUACAAGAAGGGCAUCAUCCGCAAGCCUGAUGUGUCCCAGAGACUGGUCUACCAGUUUGUCCACCCU